GACGACGAUCAGCGAACAUGAGAGCUUCUAUAGCUGCCGGUCUUGUCACUGCAAUGCUUCAAUCUGUACCUGCGUCUGGAAACUUUCAACUGGAGGUGCAGGUUGUACGUGUCCGUGACUCUGUUAAUGACUGUGGAAGGUGGCCUGAGGUGUGUCACCUGUACAUCGAUAAGAUGUGUCUGGAUCCCCAGUUUGAAGAGCCAGGCUCCGAGGAGGAGGAUCAAGAUUGCUCUUUGAUAGAGUAUGAGGAUAAUCUGGAUCUGAAGUAUGGGCUUCCUGAGACUAGAACACUAUCUGUGACAAACCAGCCUUGGCCUGUUGACUUUCAGCUGUAUAUAGAAGUCGUUGACUUUGAUAUAAUCCCCCCUGACAAUCACAUUGAGGACGUGGUUGUUCAGGAGUCCCUCAACACCAGUUCAGAGUUCAGUGAAGAGAUGGACUACAGAAACACUCCUGGUGGGAGGAUCACUCUGAGCAUGAGGUUCAGAGUCCAGUGCAAUGAAGGGUACGAGGGUCCCCACUGUGACUGUAUCCCUCACAACGAUGACGUCAGUGGUCACUACAGCUGUUGGGAAGACGGAGGGAUCUCCUGUCUCCCUGGAUAUACCAAUACCUCCAACCUCUGCAGACAAGGCAAGUGUGAAAAAUGUGGCCUGUUUUCCCCCGGCUAUCAGUUCAUGCUGAAAGAUAAGCACAGUGCAUGA